AGUAAUAUCUGUAAUGACCGGGCCACAAGUGAACGACGCACCAGCGAUAUUUCCGGCCAGCUCAGCGCGUCAGUGUUGUCAAGUCAAGAGCGGAGCAGGCAUAGCAUAACGGAGCCUGUCUGUCUAUUUGCUAACUCGUUAAGAGUAUUCUGCACAAUAUGGUUCUGCUGACAAUGAUCGCUCGGUUGGCGGACGGGCUGCCGCUCGCCGCCUCAAUGCAAGAAGAUGAACAGUUGGGUCGGGACCUGCAGCAGUACCAGAGCCAGGCAAAGCAGCUUUUCCGGAAACUGAACGAGCAAAGUCCCACUCGCUGCACAUUGGAGGCUGGAUCAAUGGCCUUCCACUACGUGAUAGAGAAAGGCGUGUGCUACCUGGUUCUGUGUGAGGCCGGGUUCCCGAAGAAGCUGGCCUUCGCCUACCUGGAGGACCUACAGGCCGAGUUCCACGAACAGCACGGCAAGAAGGUCCCCACGGUGUCCCGGCCUUACUCCUUCAUCGAGUUCGACACCUACAUACAGAAGACCAAGAAGUCGUACAUCGACAGCAGGGCCCGCAGGAACCUGGGCAGCAUCAACACGGAGCUGCAGGACGUGCAGAGGAUCAUGGUGGCCAACAUAGAGGAGGUGCUGCAGCGUGGAGAAGCCCUUUCAGCUCUGGACUCUAAGGCCAGCAACCUGUCCAGCCUGUCCAAGAAGUACCGCAGCGACGCCAAAUACCUGAACACUCGCUCCACUUACGCCAAGCUAGCAGCAGGGGGCGUCUUCUUCAUCAUGCUCAUCGUGUACGUGCGCUUCUGGUGGCUCUGAGAGAGGGGGGCCAGGGGCCAGGGGCCGCCGCAGAAGAGGAGGCUGAAGGAAGGGGGCCCGCGGUUUCGUUCUGUCCCGUUCCGAAUCCUUCCGCCUCCCCAGAAAGACUUUCCCCUCUGGACGCUGUUCCCUCCUGCUUCCCGCUGUCCGUAGGUCUGUAAUGUAAUUAUUAAUGUUAUUAUAUCGCGGAGUUUUAUUAACGGUCACGUGACCCUUAAGCAGGGCCGCUGCGCUCUCCGUCCUGUGGGUCGCAGUGUUUGCAGGUUUCCCUCCGGCCACCCGAUUUCACCAAUGAGCUUACUUCCUGAGCCAAGCAGGUAAAAUAAUUAUUACUAAUAAUAAUAAUUUGCGACAUAGCUAACUCUUUUAUCCAAAGCGACUUAGAGUUGCUUAGGCUAAGCAGGGGACCAUCCCCCCUGGAGCAAUGUGGGGUUAAGGGCCUUGUUCAAGGGCCCAACAGCUGUGCGGUUGUUAUCAUGAUUAGCCCGGGGCUUGAACUGCCAACCUUCCAGGUCCCAGUCAUGUACCUUGACCAGACUACUGGCUGCCCCUGUAGCCUGUGAUACCUGGUGGCGUAGUGCAUGGUUGGAGCAAAUACCUGCAGACAGUGUGGUUCGUAGGACCUAGCGUUGUCCUUAACGGUUGCCCAGAGUGUACGCGCGUGUGUUUGCGUUCACGAGCGCACGUGCGUGUACGUGCGCACGUGUGUUUACAUAUGUGUGCGUCCGUAUGCCUGUGUGCACAUGUGCAUCCAUGUUUGAGCAAAUGUGCGCAUGACUGAUUGUAUAAGUGUACUUCCCCCCCCCCCCCCCCCUCCGUGUGCAUCUCAAUGUCUACACAUGUACCCUACACCUCUCUCCCUCACUUAACCACGUACUCUGCGUCGCAAAGCUAUACGAAGUCUAACUUGUACUCAACCAGCACGUAUCCUUCAACUGGACGGACACACUUUCCCCAUCUUGUUAGAUAGACAAUGUAGCUCUGCCCUGUCAACAGAUGAGCGCUUUCACUUAACGAAGCAGAUCUGAGCUGUAGGGAGACACUGCACACGUUUGCCGGUGGAUCCCAUAUCGAUACUCUCACCUUGACUGACCACUUUUGACUUUGUUUUGUGGAUAGUUUACAAAAAGUAAGUACUCUGUAUAAAAGGUAAAAUCCCGGAGACUGACGGCUGAAUCGGAGGUUAGUGUAGCACCUUGUAUCAGAGAGCGAGAGAGAGAGAGUCGCUCUCAAACAACCGAUAAUUUCAGUCAUAAUAAAGUAUGUGAUUUGCACACACACCUGCCUAUUGAGUUUGUAUUGCCUUAUGAAUAUAGCCACACCCACCCUGUAAAAAGUAAUUUACGUAAUAAUACUUUUAGUAAUAAUAGGUUCAUUAUAGUAGGGAUUUCAACUGCAAUAGAUUGCAGACUUGUCCAGGUUGUAUUCCUGCCUUUUGCCCAAAGCAUGCUGGGAUAGGCUCCAGCCCACUCACGAUCCUGACCCGGUAUAAACGGGUUGGAUAAUGGAUGGUUGGACAGUUUGAUAAAUAGAUAGAUUUCACAUUUUCAUACAGUGCAAUCCUGCCCAAAGAGCCUCACGAUAAAAAAAGAAAUAAAAGGUGAAUCAUCAGUGAUUUGCAAAAGUUUCCCUUAAAAACAGCCACUUUCUCUCACGACUGAAGUGUUUAUUCAACCGUGACAUUUUGAAAUGUAUGAAAGGGAACACGAUUUCCUUUUUGUUGAUGAGCAUGUCAUUUUUAAAACGAGUGGAUUCUGUGUGCGUAGUCACUUGCGAUUGGCGGCUGAAUAAAUAGUUGAACUACUGAUUGGUUAAAAUGUUACCGUCAUGUAAAUUUCUCAACAAAAGUGGUCUUCAAUGUCAGAUCACCCUCUUGGUCAGUAUAUGAACUUUGCUGCUUUCAGGAUAAAAAUAAACCGAGUUUCCUGAAUAAAAUAGGUGUAAUAUUG